CUCGCGCUGCACCAGAGCCUCGUUCAGCCCGCCUAGUCGACUGUCCAGCAUUCCAAGCCGACACGCACGCCGCAGCAGCGCCGCCAGAGCCCGUCCAGCCUUCUCCUCAGCCCUCCCUCGUCUCGACUUCAUCUCCCGACUUCCUGUACCGCCAUGCCCAUCUCGUCGGACGUCAACAACCUCAACGCGCCGUUCCCGGUCGUCGACGCCGACCCGCACUUCAGCCGCGUCCUGCGCAACCUGCGCACCCAGGACUACAUCCUCUGGGGUGGCGCCACCGCCUUUGCGCCCGGUGCGCUGUACGGCAUGGAGCUCGCCGACCCGACCAAGACGGGCCGGGUCCUCAUGCGCUCGUCGUUGAGGCUCGCGACCUGGCUCGGUUUCGCCGGCGGCUUCCUCCUCGCGUACCAGAACGUGUCGCUCCGCAUGUGGGGCUGGAAGGAGAACUCUGCCGAGCAGGCGCAGGACAAGGCCGAGCUGAGCCAGCUCGCCAAGGAGGGCAAGCCUUUGUACGGCGAGAGCGACCUCCCCGAGUACAUCCAGGGCGUCGCCCACCGCAACUCGAUGUGGAGCCAGCUCAAGUUUGGCGUCAUGCCCUGGUUCAACUUUGUCAACCACCCGUUCCACGGCACCGACGCGUCCAAGUACAAGGAGUAAGCGGUGUCGGGAGCGAGCUCGCGAGGAUGUAGAGCGAGUGGGGCGCGCGAGCGGGCGGGAGGGGGUCGAGCUGCAACGCUGCGGGGUGUUUCUGUUU